AUGAAACGAAAAGAACGUAGCUGGAUGUACGAAAGGAAGGUCGGGAAUUCUAUUAAUCCUGAGUUCUUGAAGGGGGUAGAUGAAUUCCUUAAAUAUGUGGAAGAUCAUCCCGUGAGUAGCAACCCGAAUGAAGUUAGGUGUCCAUGUUUUAAAUGCAAAAACAAACAUCUUUGGGAUCCAGAUACGGUUAAACAUCAUUUGUAUCGUAGCGGUUUUUUACCUAAUUACUAUGAGUGGAUGUGUCAUGGGGAAGGGUUUCCAGGAACUCGUAGAAGGCAGUCAAAUGAAUAUCGUGAAAUGGUUUUGGAUGCCUUUGGUCAGUCUCAAGAUCAAGGCCAUUCCGAAGAGGCACCUGUUUCAAAAGAGGAGGAGCCUAAUGCACAAGCCAAGCCAUUUUUUGAUUUGUUAAGGGCUUCUAAACAACCGUUAUACGAAGGGAGUUCAUUGUCUGUGUUAGAGAUGGCUUCUAGAAUCACUAGCCUAAAGUGUGAGUAUAAUUUGCCGCACAGAUGUGUUGAUGGAUUUGCUUCUUUGUUUAAUGAAGCGAUUCCUAACAACAACCACAUGGCCGAGACAUUCUAUGAGGUCAAGAAAAUUGUUAAGGGGUUAGAGCUGCCCCAUGCAAAGAUUCAUGCAUGCCCGAAAGGAUGUAUGUUGUUUUGGAAAGAUGAUGCUAAAUUAUCUACAUGUAGGGUUGCAAGGCUUUUUGCAACUAAAAACAUUUCUGAGGAAAUGACAUGGCAUGCUAAAAAUCCUCGAGUUCAAGGCACAAUGGCACACCCUAGCGAUAGUGAAGCGUGGAAACACCUAGAUAGUUGCUUUCCUAAGUUUGCCUCUGAACCUCGUAAUGUUUGA